UCUCAUUUUUGACAGCACAAAGAAGGCGGCCAUUUUAUAGCUUCUUAAAGAAUAGGAACGAGCUGUAGUUUUCGUAUAGCAAAAAUUUAUUUGUUCUAGUUUUAUAAAUUAUUUCAAACUAGCCUUUUAAACUACGUACAAAACAGUAUACGUAUUUAGUGUAAGUUUAGUUAUAUUUAUGAACUGAGCAAGGAGAAAUGGACGAUCCAAACAGGAUGAUGGCGCAUAGCGGCGGGCUGAUGGGACCGCAGGGCUACGGCCUGUCUGGGGAAGGUGCCCCUACGGCGGGAGAGGGUGAGGCUCGUAAACAGGACAUAGGAGAAAUUCUACAACAGAUCAUGAAUAUUACCGACCAGAGCCUUGACGAAGCCCAAGCAAGGAAGCACACACUAAAUUGUCAUAGAAUGAAACCUGCCUUGUUUUCUGUGCUAUGUGAAAUUAAGGAGAAAACGGUGCUGUCACUUCGUAAUACUCAAGAGGAGGAGCCUCCGGACCCGCAGCUGAUGCGGCUGGACAACAUGCUGAUAGCAGAGGGUGUUGCGGGGCCUGAGAAGGGUGGAGGUGCGGGUGCUGCAGCCUCUGCGUCGGCCGCCGCUGGCGAGUGGGGCACUGUGGCUCAAGCAGAUAACGCGAUCGAGCACUCGGACUAUCGCGCGAAGCUCGCCCAGAUCCGCCAGAUAUACCACCAGGAGCUAGACAAGUACGAGAACGCCUGCAACGAGUUCACCACACACGUCAUGAAUCUACUGCGCGAGCAGAGCCGCACCAGGCCAAUUACACCCAAGGAAAUUGAACGAAUGGUUCAAAUAAUUCACAAGAAGUUCAGCUCUAUCCAGAUGCAGCUGAAGCAGUCCACUUGUGAGGCCGUCAUGAUACUGAGAUCGCGAUUCCUAGACGCCCGUCGCAAGCGACGCAACUUCAGCAAGCAGGCCUCUGAGAUCCUCAAUGAAUAUUUCUACUCUCAUCUCUCAAACCCGUACCCCAGUGAAGAGGCGAAAGAGGAAUUGGCCCGCAAGUGUGGCAUCACUGUCUCACAGGUGUCCAAUUGGUUCGGCAACAAGCGCAUUCGCUACAAGAAGAACAUCGGCAAGGCUCAGGAGGAGGCGAAUCUGUACGCGGCUAAGAAAGCAGCGGACCUGCCUUGGAUUGGCGCGUGCAGGCGCGAUGCUAGCUCCCCUCCGGCCCGACCCACCUCGUAUUACACAGCGGGGGCGUCACCGUACUCGAUGGGGGCGGCGUCAGGCACGGCCACGCCCAUGAUGUCUCCGGCGCCCACACAGGACAGCAUGGGCUACUCGCUGCCCGCGCCCGGCUACGACGCGCCGCAGCCCGGCUACGACCCCGCCAUGGGAUACGACCCCAUGCACCAGGAUCUCUCGCCUUAACUCUACUUGAGCUCUAUUAAAGGGCCCGAGAGUGCGAAUGUAAUCGUGCAGCUUCCACAGAAUUGCCAUUUACUACGUAACUUACUUAUAUCUAGUGAGCCUUAGCGGUUAGGACAUUAUGUAUACUAUGAACUUUACGAAACAUUUUAGCUCUAAUAUUUUUGGACGGAACUUAAAUUUGCCCUGUAUUCUAUUUGACUGGUGCACACAGUAUUGUUUUUAUAUUAUGUAACUUUAUUUUACUAUAACUAACCUUAAAGGCUGUUUUAAAAUGAUUCUAAACAAAUUGAUCUUGAAAGACUUCUUUUCGAAGUGAUUUCUUCAUUUUUACAAAGUUAUAGAAUGAAUAUAUAGUAUUAUUUAAUAUAUCUUCAAUGUAUACGCAGUUUAAAGUAUUAUUUCUGAACAGAUCAGUGAUUUAUUAAAAAUGUUAUGCUUCGCUGGAUUUGACAGUAUUACGUCAAUGGCGGGAUCUCUUGUUUCUACGUUCACUAACCUUUACUAUACGACGGUGGAUAUAAAUAUACGAUAGAUGUAAGCAUAUUUUAGUAGAGAAUUAACUUUAAGUGAAGUUGUGUCCUGUCUUUUUGUGAUUGCAGCUGUUUGAUCCUCGAAUGACUAAAGUAUAUAUGUAAACCAUUUUACAUAUGUUUUAAACAAUUUCUUUGGUCUGAAUAUUUAUCAAGUCUUUAACUUUUGCAUAUGAAAUGUGAAAACUUGUGUUAUGUGAACAAUAUAAUUUUUAAAUAUUGUUAAUUUUUACAAACACAAUUUUUAUAUACUUUUGUAAUUGUUUAGUUAAAUGUCUUAUAUUUUGAGUUUUACAAAUAAAAAAAUGUAAGAAAUUGUUUAAAAUUACUGUAAAGUGUUGGAACGUUGUGAUGUAGUGGCUGAGACGGGGAGAGGGUCGUUUUGUGUGCAAUUUAAUAUUUUAUUAGAAACGGUUGUGUUUACGCACACGAAGUAUUUUCGUCUUAAUCAUGGUGUCCUAUUAACAAUAGCUAUUUUUUAUCAAUCUUUUACUUUUACUAACCACUUUUCGUUCGCAGCGAACUGACGCGCACGUGUGUAACGUUGUUAGCGUCACAACUAAAUGUUAUAUUUUUAUGAGGUACUACCUUAGUGGCUUCUACUAUAUAUUAUAUUUUCAUGUAUUUAGUAAAUAAGUUAUUAUUUUAUCAUCGUUCUUAUUGAAUAUACGAAUAAUGUAAUACGAAAUGCAAAUGAAAUACGAAUAACACUUAGUGAAUAGUUUGAUUACGAGAAAAAAAUAUUAUAUUAUAUAGAAUUAAGUUGAUGUGUUCUAAAAUCAAGAUAUCUGAAACAGUAUACGAUGAAAUUUGAAAACUUUUAAAUAAAAAUUUAAAUAAAAUUGCUACCGAUUGCAGAGAGUGCACCGCCGCCAUGUCGACUAUACAAAAAUAUUGCGCCAGUGUGUACUUAUAAGUUGUACGGCGCGGGCGCUGGGGGCGGUGUGGAGCUGCGCACGCGCAUGCGGCGGUGUGCGCAACAUGUAUACGACGACUUCAUUGUUAUUGCGACCAUCAGAUUGACUUAAAUACAUUUUUGUGUAGUUAA